AUGGGGUUGAAGUUUGCAAAGCAGGGGCCAGGAAAGGCUGGGAACUCAGAUUUGUCAGCUGCUCAACUUACAUUGAUCAAUUGUAUCACCAAGAGUAUUUAUAUUCGCAACUGGGUAUCCAAGCAUCGAAGACGGAUGCUUGUUGCCGGUUAUGAUCUUGACAUGUCUUAUAUCACAGGUCAUAUAUUGGCAAUGUCAUUCCCUGCAGAACGUAUGCGAGCAAUGUAUCGUAAUCCUCUGUGGCAGGUGAAAUCAGUCCUGGACAUGCGACACGGGGAUCAUUACAAGAUUUAUAAUUUGUGUAUUGAGGAAGCUUAUGAUCCAUCCCAUUUUCAUGGCCGUGUUGAGACAUAUCCUUUCGAUGACAACCAUGUCCCACCUCUUGAAAUGGUCAAGCUCUUUUGUGAGAAUGUGGAUUCAUGGCUAUCAUCUGACCCAAAAAAUAUCGCAGUCGUACACUGCAUGGCAGGCAAAGGUCGAACAGGCUUAAUGGUAUGUGCCUACCUUGUUUACACUGGCAUGACAGCAGAGGAUGCUCUUCAGCUAUAUGCAAAUAAACGCACCACCAAUAAUCAAGGAGUAUCGAUACCAAGCCAACGUCGAUAUGUGGGAUACUGGGCAGAUUCACUUUCUUUUCCCAAGAACGUUGGUGAGAGUCAUGGACCUCCUAAAGUGAUCUUGCCUAAUUCUCGUGUUAGAGAAUUGAGAAGAAUUCGACUUUAUGACAUGGUUAACACUGAAUCCGUCUUCUUUGUGGUCUCGGAGUUGCAAGAGAUUCCCGGCCAGUUAUACCGUCCACCAGUGGAAGUUGCCAAGAGUUGCCUAAGACCAAUUAAGAAAGGAUAUCAGAGAAAUAAUAGUCCUCGAUAUUACAUCUCAUUCACAGAAGGCAAUGAAGAAGAGGAGGAUUUAAAACCUCCAGAAUCGCGCCUUAUCAUUCAAAUGGACACAGAGAGUCCUAUAAUCUACCAGAAGACCACUCUUGACCAUUAUUUUGAUACACCUAUACAAGUCAAUGGAGAUGUACGUGUCAUAUUCUACGAGAAAAUGAUAGGAGGACGUCUCUUCUACGUCUGCUUUAAUACAGCUUUCAUUAGGAAUGGCUUGCUGCAGUUCUCCAUGCGAGAUUUGGAUAAAGUUGGGACUAAAGGUAGAUCAAUAUGUGGCCCUGCCUUCUGCUUGGAGUUGCUCUUUGCUCCAGCUAAUUCACAGCAUUCAGGCUUGCUAACUGAGAAUGACGAUUAUGAUGAUGACAUUAGUAACAAUUCUCCUUGA